GAAAUGGCUGCAGAAGAUUGUAUCAAGAUUCCAGAUAACUAUGAAGGUUAUUCCCUGGAUAUGUUUUGCCUACCAAAACACUAUGAGAAUGAUGUAGAAUCAAUUAUGAUACCAAAAGGACUAAUUCAUGACAGAAUUGAAAGACUGGCCAGAAAUAUAUGCCGUGAUGUUGACAAAGGCCCACUCAUUGGAUUGUGUGUACUAAAAGGAGGAUAUCAGUUUUUUGGUGAUCUUAUGAAUUGCAUCAGGACCAUAAAUGCUAAUAUGGAUCGGUCAAUUCAGAUGUCAGUUGACUUCAUCCGGUUGAAAAGCUAUGAGGAUGACCAUUCCUCAGGAGAAGUAAAAGUCAUAGGAAGUGAUGACCUGUCUGCACUAAAAGGAAAGCACAUUUUAGUUGUUGAGGAUAUCAUAGAUACAGGUGCAACUAUGCAGAAACUACUAACCACUCUUCAGAAGUUCGAACCUGCAACUGUCAAAGUGGCAAGUUUGUUGGUGAAGAGAACACCAAAGAGUAAUGGAUAUCGUCCAGAGUAUAUUGGAUUUGAGAUCCCUGAUAAAUUUGUGGUUGGGUAUGCUCUGGAUUACAACGAAUAUUUCAGGGAUCUCAAUCAUAUAUGUGUAAUCAAUGAGAAUGGAAAAAAGAAGUAUGCUAUUGAAUCAUAAAGAAAGCAGCUGAUAUCUACAGACUGUCCUAACCAGACCUUUCCAAUGAAAAGCCAGUUGUGAUCAAACAUUCUCAUCCUUUGAUGCUGUAGUGGGUUAACUCCCAGUAAUCCUCCUCACAGAAACAUCAGGCAUGAUUGUAAAACAAACGCUCUCGCAAAUUUUUAA